CGCCAUGAGCCCCGGGCUGCUGAUGCUGCUCGGCAGCGCCGUCCUGGUCGUCUUCGGCCUCUGCUGCACCUUCGUGCACCGCGCUCGCAGCCGCUACGAGCACAUCCCCGGGCCGCCGCGGCCCAGUUUCCUUCUAGGACACCUCCCCUACUUUUGGAAAAAGGAUGAGGUUUGUGGCCGCGUGCUCCAAGAUAUGUUUUUGGAUUGGGCUAAGAAGUAUGGACCUGUCGUGCGGGUCAACGUCUUCCACAAAACCUCGGUCAUCGUCACGAGCCCCGAGUCGGUCAAGAAGUUCCUGAUGUCAACCAAGUACAACAAGGACUCCAAGAUGUACCACGCGAUCCAGACUGUGUUUGGUGAGAGGCUGUUUGGCCAAGGCUUGGUGUCCGAAUGUGACUAUGAACGCUGGCACAAACAGCGGAGGGUCAUGGACCUGGCCUUCAGCCGGAGCUCCUUGGUUAGCUUGAUGGAAACAUUCAAUGAGAAAGCGGAGCAGCUGGUGGAGAUUCUGGAAGCCAAGGCAGAUGGGCAGACUCCGGUGUCCAUGCAGGAUAUGCUGACAUGCACCACCAUGGACAUCCUGGCCAAGGCAGCUUUUGGGAUGGAGACCAGCAUGCUGCUGGGUGCCCAGAAACCUCUGUCCCGGAAAGUGAAACUGAUCCUGGAGGGCAUCAGUGCAUCCCGAAACACUCUGGCAAAGUUUAUGCCGGGGAAGUGGAAGCAGCUUCGCGAGGUCCGGGAGAGCGUGCGUUUCCUGCGUCAGGUUGGCAAGGACUGGGUCCAGCGCCGCCGGGAGGCCCUGCAGAGGGGGGAGGACGUGCCUGCUGACAUCCUCACACAGAUUCUCAAAGCUGAAGAGGGGGCCCAGGACGACGAGAUUCUGCUGGACAACUUCGUCACCUUCUUCAUUGCUGGUCACGAGACCUCUGCCAAUCACCUGGCAUUCACAGUGAUGGAGCUGUCGCGCCAGCCGGAGAUCUUGGCGAGGCUGCAGGCCGAGGUGGACGAGGUCAUCGGUUCCAAGAGGCACCUUGACUGCGAGGACCUGGGGAGACUGCAGUACCUGUCCCAGGUCCUCAAAGAGUCGCUGAGGCUGUACCCGCCAGCGUGGGGCACCUUUCGUCUGCUGGAGGAGGAGACCUUGAUCGAUGGGGUCCGAGUCCCCGGCAACACCCCGCUCCUGUUCAGCACCUAUGUCAUGGGGCGGAUGGACACAUACUUUGAGGACCCGCUGACUUUCAACCCAGAUCGCUUCAGCCCCAAAGCACCCAAGCCGAAGUUCACCUACUUCCCAUUCUCCCUGGGACCCCGCUCCUGCAUUGGGCAGCAGUUUGCUCAGAUGGAGGUGAAGGUGGUCAUGGCCAAGCUGCUGCAGAGGCUGGAGUUCCGGCUGGUGCCCGGGCAGCGAUUCAGGCUGCUGGAGCAGGCCACGCUCAAGCCGCUGGACCCUGUGCUGUGCACCCUGCAGCCUCGGGGCUGGCAGCCCGCGCCCCCGCCCCCGCCCUGCUGA